UAUUGAUUUUAAUAAUUAUUAUUGCUUUGAGUGUCAUCAUCCUUCAUACUAGAGUUACAGGAUGUUGUUAUGAAACUCCUCCACAUGUACCAUAUUUUCGUGGGACUUUCUUUCAUUAGUCAGCAAAAAAUAAAGUUAGCUCGGACAGCAAAAGUUGUGCGAGCGGCUGAUUUCCGGUUCCGUCGCUUUGCGCUCCGCCAGUGAAGUGAAACAUGGCGGCGGCUGAGACUGAUCGGGAAGCGGCGAGCGUUCUCUGCAGCGAAUUCCUCCAUUUCUCGGCAAAGGACACUGCUGCGAAAUGGCUUCAGGCGACAGAUCUGCCCAAAGACGUUUACCAGCAUCUGGCUUGCUACGUGCCCAAAAUCUACUGCCUUGGGCCCAACCUGAACCCUCAGAGCGAGGACCUGCUGGCCCAAUUGCUGCUGCAGGCACCAAUGGAGUGGUACCUGUGUGGAGAAGAGCCUUCAACCGGGCUAGCCAAGCUCGAGCAGAACAACCAGCCUUCCCAGCUGUGUGGUCACGUCUUUAAAGUGGGGGAACCCACGUACUCCUGCAGGGAAUGUGCAGCAGACCCAACGUGUGUGCUGUGCAUGCAGUGCUUUUUAGGCAGUGUGCAUAAGGAGCAUCGUUACAGAAUGACAACCUCUGGGGGAGGGGGGUUCUGUGACUGCGGAGAUACAGAAGCAUGGAAGAAGGGUUUUUACUGUCAGAAACAUGAGCCCAACCUCGGUGACUCCACUCAGGAGGAUCCCCUUGCCAGUUUCUCUGCAGACAUGAUUGCCCGCACUUACAAUAUCUUUUCGAUCCUCCUGAAAUAUGCUGUGGACAUGCUCACAUGGGACAAGGAGGAUGAGCUACCCCUAGGCCUUGAACCACCAGAGCGUGGAGACACCUAUUACUGCAUGCUGUUUAACGACGAGGUGCACACUUAUGAGCAGGUCAUAUACACUCUACAGAAAGCUGUGAACUGCACACAGAAAGAGGCUGUCAGCUUUGCUACCACAGUGGACAGAGAUGGGCGGAAGUCUGUGCGUUAUGGGGAUUUUCAGUUCUGUGAACAGGCCAAGUCGGUCAUUGUGCGGAACACAAGUCGUCAGUCGAAGCCCUUGCGAGUUCAGGUCAUGCACUCCUCAGUGGUCGCACACCAGUGUUUUGCUCUCAAAGCACUCUCCUGGCUUGGCUAUAUCAUCAGAUACUCAGAUGCCCUGAGGAGAAUCCUGUGCCAAGUAGGGCUACAGAAUGGCCCUGAUGGAGAGAACUCCCUUGUGGACACUUUAAUGCUUUGUGACUCCAAAAUGUGGAAAGGUGCAAGAAAUGUGUACCACCAGCUAUUCAUGAGCAGUCUGCUUAUGGAUUUGAAGUAUAAAAAGCUUUUUGCUAUUCAGUUUGCCAAGAACUAUGAGUGCUUGCAGAGUGACUACGUAAAAGACGACCAUGACCGAGAGUUCUCCAUUACUGACCUGUCAGUGCAAAUUUUCACCGUGCCUUCCCUGGCACGGAUGCUGAUCACAGAGGAGAACCUGAUGACCACAAUCAUUCGCACGUUUGUUGAUCACCUGAGACAUCGAGACUUGCAGGGACGAUUUCAGUUUGAGCGCUACACUGCACAACAGGCCUUUAAAUUCCGCAGGGUCCAGAGUCUUAUAGGAGACCUCAAAUAUGUCCUGAUUAGCCGUCCAACGGAGUGGGUUGACAAACUCAGGGAGAAGUUUCUGGAAGGACUCAAUGCUUUCUUGGAGCUGCUCAAGUGCAUGCAGGGUAUGGACCCAGUGGUACGACAGGUGGGCCAACACAUCGAAAUGGAACCGGAGUGGGAGGCAGCCUUCACGUUACAGAUGAAGCUCACACACAUUAUCUCAAUGAUGCAGGAGUGGUGUGCCAGUGAUGAACGGGUGCUAAUUGAAGCCUAUAAGAAGUGCCUAACAGUUUUGACUCACUGCCACAGCGGUUUUACUGAUGGAGAGCAGCCCAUCACUCUCAGCAUGUGUGGCCACUCAGUGGACACCAUCCGCUACUGUGUCUCACAGGAGAAAGUCAGCAUUCACCUACCCGUGUCUAGACUGCUGGCAGGACUUCAUGCUCUCCUUAGCAAAACAGAAGUGGCAUACAGGUUCCCUGAACAGCUACCUCUGAGUGAACUGAGCCCUCCCAUGGUGAUUGAGCACCCACUUCGCUGCCUGGUUCUCUGUGCUCAGGUGCAUGCUGGGAUGUGGAGGAGAAAUGGCUUCUCGUUAGUCAAUCAGAUCUACUACUACCACAAUGUAAAAUGUAGGCUUGAGAUGUUCGAUAAGGAUCUCAUGAUGCUACAGGCAGGGGCUUCCAUGAUGGAUCCCAACCACUUUCUGAUGAUUGUGCUCAGUCGUUUUGAGCUCUUCCAUAUCUUCAGUUCAGCAGACUGCAGGAAGAGAUACAACAGAGAGAAUGCCAACAAGGAUGUAGUUCAGCAGAACAGCACUUUAAUAGAAGAGAUGCUGCACCUCAUUAUAAUGGUUGUUGGUGAACGCUUUAUACCAGGUAUUGGGCACGUCGCAAGCUGUGACGAACUAAAGCGAGAGAUCAUUCAUCAGCUUUGUAUUCGUCCAAUGGCUCACAGUGAGCUGGUCAAAGCCUUGCCUGAAAAUGAGAAUAAAGAAACAGGACUGGAGAGAGUCAUUGAUAGUGUUGCAUUGUUUAAGAAGCCAGGUGUGACUGGUAGAGGAUUGUAUGAACUCCGUGCAGAAUGUGCCAAACAGUUCAACCUCUAUUUUUACCAUUACUCCAGAGCUGAUCAGUCCAAGGCAGAAGAAGCACAGCGGAAGCUUAAGAGACAGAAUGGAGAGGAUCCAGCUCUGCCUCCUCCUGCCCUGCCUCCAUUUUGCCCACUGUUUGCCAGCUUGGUAAACAUUCUGCAGUGUGACGUGUUGCUUGGCAUGCUGGGAGCUGUGUUGCAGUGGGCUGUGGAGCCCAGCGGAGGGCACUGGUCUGAGUCCAUGCUGCAGAGGGUGCUGCACUUGAUAGGCAUGGCACUACUGGAGGAGCAGCAACAGCUAGAGAGCAAUGAUGAUGAUAACGAAGUUACCUUCAACUUCACCCUCAAAAUCUCCCGUCCUGGUGAAGCUCCGAGCAACGCUCCGAGUAUCCUGGCUCUGUUGGAGACUUUGCAGAGCGCUCCUCACUUGGAAGUGCACAAAGACAUGAUUCGAUGGAUCCUAAAGAUGGUGGUCAGCAUUAAAACUAUGCGUGAGCGCACAGCGGCUGCACCUCUCUGUGAGGGAACAGGGCACUGCCAUGAGGAGACUGUGAGGGAUAAGGACAAAGCCGAGAGAAAGAGGAAGGCAGAGAUGGCGAGACUGCGCAGGGAGAAGAUCAUGGCUCAGAUGUCAGAGAUGCAGAGGCACUUUAUAAACGAGAACAAAGAGCUGUUCCAGCAGAGCUUAGAAGAUCUGGACACCUCUGCAUCUACGUCAGCAGAGCACAGCCCCAGUUCAUGUGACAGCGCUCUGGUGUGUGUGGGACCUCGUCGAUGGCGUGCCAGAGGCGGAGAAAGGAGGCAGGUGGUGACGUGUAUCCUGUGUCAGGAAGAGCAGGAGAUCAGACCUGAUGGCAGAGCCAUGGUGCUUGCUGCAUUUGUUCAACGCUCUACAGUCAUGUCUAAGAACCGCAAAAGACCUCCUCACAAGCCAGAGAGCUAUGAUCCCCUCUUCAUGCACCCUGACCUGUCCUUCGGCACUCACACCGGCAGCUGUGGUCACAUCAUGCACUCUCACUGCUGGCAGAGGUACUUUGAGGCAGUGCAGGCGAAAGAGCAGCGCAGGCAGCAGCGACUGCGUGUGCAUACCAGUUAUGAUGUAGAGAACGGGGAGUACUUGUGUCCACUCUGUGAGUGUCUCAGUAACACCGUCAUUCCUCUCCUGCCCCUCACUAAGACCACCUGCAGCAGUAGUGAGCAGCCAGGUCUGGCUCAUUGGCUAAAUACUACCUGCCAGCAGAUCAGAGCCUUGCACUGUGCUCAUAACAAGGCCAAGCCAACAAGUGAGUAUAGAAAUGCUGGAGAGACUGAGAUUGUGGAGGAUUAUCCUCCUCCUGAGGGUUUCAGGCUGGACUACACUCCAGUCAACCCUUAUUCAAGCUCCAUAAGAGAGAUGCUCACGACAUUUGGGACAUCAACAUAUAAAGUUGGCCUUAAGGUGCACCCUAAUGAGCAGGACCCUCGUGUGCCUAUCAUGUGCUGGGGCAGCUGUUCUUACACCAUCCAGUCUAUAGAGAGGUUAUUGGUAGAUGAAGAGAAGCCUUUGUUUGGAAGCUUACCCUGUAGACAGGAUGACUGUUUGCGUUCCCUGGCUCGGUUUGGCUCGGCUUGCUGGACUGUCUCCUCUCACUUCACUGUGCAACAUCACUUCAUGCGACUGUUGGCAGCACUUGUUCCUGAUCCCAAGGUGGAAAAUUCUCCCUGCAUUCUGGAUGUGGAUAUGUUUCACUUACUGGUGAGUCUGGUGCUGUCCUAUUCAGCGUUGCACUGCUUGGACUUCUCGGGUCUGAGCGCGGAUACUGCACAGCUGCAUCUCCUCCACUUGGCCACUAUAGCUCACGUGGUCCAGAUUCUCCUCACCUCUGUGCCAGAGGAGCUGACUAUGGAGCAGGAGAGUGAAGGAAUGGAGCGAGAGGAGGAAGAGAAAAUCUGUCUUCUCUAUAACACGCUAAGAGCUCAUCUAGGCUGUCUGCGUGAGGUUAGCUCAGGCUGGCAUCUCUGGCGUUGUGUAAAGGCAGGCAUCCUGCCCUUCCUCAGAGGAGCUGCUCUGUUCUUCCACCAUCUCAAUGGAGUUCCCACUCCAUCUGAGCUCCAUGCUGUAGGUGCUGGUGAAUGGGAGACACUGUGUGCAUAUCUGUGUCUGCCCUCCAACCUGCUCCAGCUCUUUUAUAAUCACCUGGAGAUUCUGGAACCCCUGCUUCAGGGGUGGUGCUCACAUCCAGGCAUACAACAGUGUCUUCAGUCACCUAAAUCCCUUAUAAGUAGUUUUCCUCGGGAAUCCAAUAAACUCAUUGUUUUGCCUGAGGACUACAGUGCACUGAUCAACCAAGCUUCCAGCUUCACUUGUCCUAAGUCGGGCGGAGAUAAGUCUCGUGCUCCAACGCUAUGCUUGGUGUGUGGCACAAUGCUGUGUUCCCAGAGCUACUGCUGCCAGACCGAGCUGGAAGGCGAGGACGUUGGAGCGUGUACUGCACACACUUUUGCCUGCGGUGCUGGUGUUGGCAUUUUCCUCAGGGUGAGGGAGAGUCAGGUUCUUUUCCUGGCUGGAAAGACUAAGGGCUGUUUUUAUGCUCCCCCAUACCUUGAUGACUACGGAGAAACCGACCAAGGGCUCAGACGGGGGAACCCUUUGCACCUGUGCCAUGAGCGCUACAGGAAGAUUCAGAAGCUCUGGCGCCAACACAGCAUCACAGAGGAGAUCGGUCAUGCCCAGGAAGCUAAUCAGACUCUGGUGGGCAUUGACUGGCAGCAUCUGUGAAAUGACUUCCCAAGAGGUCCUGAAGAUUCUUGGCCGAUGCCAAAUCUAAGCUAACCAGAGCUCUGCACAUUUACAGCAGAGGUGGCCAGACCAGUGCUGCCUCAUGCACACUCCUCCAUACAUCCCCAACCCUGCUUUUUUUUUUUUCUUUCUUUCUUCUCCUUUUGUGGGAAUGAAUGCAUGGCUUUUAAAUUUUUUUUGUUUCUUUUUUGGGAGGUGUUCUUACUUUUGACUUUAUUAUUUGAUCGAAAUUGAUGAUUAAAAAAAAAAAAAACAAUUGCCAAGGUAUUUAACUGCGAAAGGAUACAUUCCCCUGUAGCAUUGGUUUUCAAAGUAACUGAAAGAACAGAGAGAAGCUAUUUAAGUUCUGUCUGUCCCUGAGGCUAUUAACUUAUUUUAUGCUCUUCAACUCCAAUACUGUUUACUGCACAGACGCAGUUCUCUUAUUGCUUUACUAUCUGAAUAAUGCUGGUGUUUUUCUCUCCGAAGCAAGCACAAUGUUCCUCAACGACCCUUGGGUUUAAAUAGUAGCCAUAAUGGAAUGGCGUCAUCUUCAGGUCAUACGGCUGACUCCCUUUCUCUCUGUUCCCCAUCACUGCAAUAUCUCUGCUGGGGGACACCCAGGACCUGAGCGCUCAGUGAAGCUAACAGAAGCCAAACUGAGGAAAUCUGGGAGCGUGCACACACGUGAUGUGUGUCUAUCUGUCAGUGGCUGUUGUGCGUGUACUUCGUGAGAUCGUAAGGCCGGUGUGUUUAUAAGCGUGAUGGAUUUAUAUCGUCGUCUACGUGAACAGAACGAAUUGAACACCGUUGUCAGGUUGCGCAACCUUUUUUUUUUUUUUUUUUGCUCUUAUUUAUGUGUAGCUUUGAAAUUUUAUCAUGGAGAACCUCCACUUGGGGGGGAAAUAGGUUUCCGAUUAUUUGCUUUUGUGUUGAAGCUUAUUACAGCUACUGACUUAGCGAGCGAGCGUGGGUGUGUGUGUGUGUGGUAUUUGAAUUUUAAGCUGUGACAGCAAUUUUGUUAAAAACAAUUAAAAUAAGAGGGAAAAUAACUAUAUAAUUUUUUUCACAUGUUCAUCCCAUGAUCCUCUAUAAUAAACUCAAUCUUGGGCAAUCCUUAUUGGACACAACCAUUUUUUUUUAACAUCAUGUCAAUCAAAUUACUAACAUGGGCAGAUGUAAAUUCACUUCCUGCUCCAAUGUGAUGAAGAAAAUCGUAUUACCGGUCACCUCAUGUUGGCAGCAAUCCUCACGAAAUGUCCGAGAAAUGGAACACCGCUUGGGACGUCAAAUAUGAACUGAUGACGCGGUUGAACAGCAUCGAGAUGGUGACACUGAAGUGGUAAUGAUUCCUGCUUAUUCACAUGAUGUAAAAAGAAAAAAGUGGUUUCACUCUAUUCAGACAGGAUGUUUUUUUUGUUAUUUUCUCUCUCUUCUCAAAGCGUGUACAUGCGCGCACACACACUCGAGGUAUCCUCAGGCUUUCCUUGGGGUUUUCUCACAAUAAGCAUGUCUCCUUUGUCGAGGUUUAAUUGGAAUCUGACGUCCAAGGCUUACUUGUUAAUAUGUGAAUUAUUGUAUAAAUUGAUACAUUGUACAAUAUUGUAAAACAAAAAUAAAAUAAGAAAAAAGGAA